AUGUCGGAAGUGCGAAUCGAUUUCGGCCGGCUCGGCGCUGCACCAAACAAGGCCAGAAGGUUGGACCCUGAAUCGGUUCCACCUGUCAAAGCUCCACUCACCGACUUUGUGCGCACCCACCCCUCCUCGCUCAUUGUUCCUGCCGCAGCUCCCAUCGCACAGUGGGACGACUCCAACGGAGAGAGACAUCGGCUGGUGACUGUCUUAUUGGGCACACAAGCUCGCGGCGCAACUGCCGCUUCCGCUGUUCCGACUGCAGCUUCAUCUGCACACAUGCGCUGCGGCAUCCCACGCCAGCAUGCACCAGCCGACGCGGCUUCAUCCUCCUCCGAAUCCGCAUCCGCACCUCUUCCCGCACUCGCUCCUCCGCAGUUGGACCUCGAGGAGCCCGCACGGAACAGCGUCGGAGACACGGAUAUAUUGUCCGCGCAGGCUCGUGUGUCCAACUGGCUUGCCGACGUCCAUCUGUCUCCCCCGACCUCGUCCCCAAUACCCAUCGACGACAUCGACAUCGACCACCUCUCGUCCAUCGCUGUCACACCCCUCUCCCACCAAAGUCUGGACACCAUGGCGAAGCGAUCUCGCCAGCGCUCUGGCAGUCCAGCUCCAAGCCCAGUCGAUCCAGAUGUUGCACCCUCACCGGCUACACCGCCUGUCGUCGAGGACGAAGGCGCGCGCAAGAAGCGCAGGAUCCUCGAGCACAUCGCUGCCCAGACCGCCGUCGACCCCUCCGACCAGCUCCGCACCGACCAGCUCACCUUCGUCCCGCGCUCCUACCAGCUCGAGCUCGCCCAGAUCGCCAAGUCCGGAAACGUGCUCGUCUGCCUCGACACGGGCAGCGGCAAGACGCUCAUCUCGGUGCUCCUCCUCCAGCACAUCCACAGCCAACCCGUCCCUCCCUCCAUCCCUGCCACCCAGCGCAAGGUGUCGUUCUUCCUCGUCAACCUCGUUCCGCUCGUCCACCAGCAGUCGUCCGUCAUCGCCGGCAACUCCGACCUCGCCGUCGGCAAGCUCUACGGCGAGCUCAAGGAGGCCACGCGUGGACGCAACAAGCUCACCGUCGACAACUGGCACGCGCCCCAGUGGGCCGCACUGCUCCAGUCGCACCAGGUCAUCGUGGCCACCGCGCAGUGCUUCCUCGACGCCCUCAUCCACGGAUUUAUCAAGAUACCCGAUCUCAACCUCAUCAUCUUCGACGAAGUGCACCACGCGCUCAAGAACCACCCGUUCUUCCGGAUCAUGAAGUACUACCGUCUCGCACCCGCCGACCAGCGGCCCAAGAUCUUUGGCAUGACAGCCAGCCCGAUCUUCACGAGGAGCGGAAUGUUCCACGAAGCCGCGCACUAUCUGCAGAGCAUCAUGGACGCUAGGAUCCACACCGUGUCCAAGGCGGCACUCGACGACCUCGACAAGGUCAAGCAGAAGCCCGACGAGCUCGUCGUCGAGUUCGCACCCUUUGUCACCGUGCUCGACGACGAGCUGGGCGGCGUGCCGCUCUCAGAUCUCAGCCGUGAGAUGCUCGCCAUGUUUGCGGUGGACGUCGCGCUGGAGGAUGACCAGCUCGAUCCGGUCCAGCGCCACUUUCGCGACGAGGUACAGCCCAAGCUCGAGUACACCAUGCGCCACCUCGGCGCUGUCGGCUGCGACGUGUUUUGGCAUAGUACGCUGCUCGAGCUGCGCUCGCGCGCGCGCAAGUGGGCUGCCAUCAGCCGGGAUAAGCGCACGCUCGUCAGCGAUGCGUGGAUCGUCGAUGCCAGCAUGCGCAGUCCGCGCGAGAACGGCGAUGGCGAUGACGGUGCAGAGGAGCCGCAGAAAUCGCCUCUGCCUCUCGGCGCCGCUCACCUGUCCAACAGCAGCGAGCUGAACCGUCGCAUCCUGCUGCACAUGCGAGCCCACCCCGCGCUGCCCGACGAGCUGCGCAUCGACGCAUCCAAUGCAUCGCCCAAGCUGCUGCGCCUCGUCGAGCUGCUGCAGUGCUUUGAGCCGGACGCGGCCAACUUUUGCGCGAUCGUCUUUGUCGAGCGGCGGCAGACGGCGACGCUGCUCGUCGAGCUCAUCAAGCGCGCUCCCGGGCUCGGCUUUAUCCAUCCCGAGUUCCUGCUCGGCCACGAUAACGGAUCGGCCGCCGGCGGCGCGCCCGCCAUGGACUGGCACGACCAGGUGCAGGUGCUCAACCGCUUCCGCCGCCGCGCGCCCACCAACCUGCUCGUCGCCACCUCGAUCGCCGAAGAAGGCCUCGACAUCCAAGCUGCCAACCUGGUGAUUCGGUUCGACCUGUUCAAUCGCCACAUUUCGUUCCUCCAGUCGCGCGGCCGCGCACGCGCGCGCGGGAGCAGGUUCAUCCUCAUGGCCGAAAGCGGCAACGCCGACCAUGCCAAGGUCAUUCUCAACGCCUUCGACACCGAGGCGCGACGCAGCAAGUGGCUCGAUGCCAUCACCGAGUCCGGCGGCGACGGUGGCGAUGCCGAUGCGAUGCUGUGCGACGAGUGGCAGCAGCGCCUGCACAUCGAGCCCCAAGAUCCCGAUGCCGAACCGGCGAUCCACGAGCCGACCACCGGCGCACGGCUCUAUGCCGAAGACGCCCCGAGCCUCGUGGCGCACUAUGCGGCGACGCUGCACAGCGAGCAUCUCAAGGACGCCGUGCUGGCGUACCGCAUGCAGUGCACCGAUGUGCUCGGCGGCACGCCCGCGUUCAGCUGCACGCUCGAGCUGCCCAGCACCGCGGCGGUGCGCAGUGUCGACUCGGGACCGUGCAGCUCCAAGAAGCGCGCCAAGCGCAUGGCUGCCUUACGCGCAUGCCAGCAGCUGCGGCAGCUUGGAGAGCUCGACGAGUGGCUCAUGCCGAAGCUCGUCGGUGCCACAGUGGCUGAUCGCGACGCAGCACCCGUGGCGAUGAACCCGCACCAUAAGGAGUGGCGCGGUACGGGGCAGCCCAUCCACGUGCCCGUCAAGAAGAUGGACGGAUGGGCGCGGUUUUACGCGCAAAGUACGGGCAAAGAAGCGCAGUGGCAUGCGACGUUCCUCCCGAUGGGUAGCUUCGAUGCGGGAUACAAGCCACUGCUCCUGCUCACGCGCGGUGCGCUACCGGCCACAGAACGGUUGACGCUGUACCAUGCAGCUUCGGGCGAGAUGAAGCCGAUCCGCGCCGCAUCUCUCGGAGCCGUUCCGCUGGGGAGCACCGAGCUCGAGGCUGCGACGCAGUUCACGCGGUUCGUAUUUGCGUUGUUGAGCCGGCGCGAGGUUGGGCCUGAUGACGGCGAGCCAGCCGUGCUCGUUGCACCCGUUCGCGUCGCCGAUGGCGUAAGUGACGUGACGGCCUGGUCGCAGCUCGCGUUCGACUGGCCAGCCACACUAGAAUCGUCGCGCAUCGACCUGUCUGAGCUCGGAUCGCUGCAGAACAGGGUGCUUACGCGGCAGCACGGCUAUGCGUCCAACGCGCUGUACAUCUUCCGAGACGUCAGGCACGACCUCACGGCGAUCUCGCCGCUUCCACCCAAGGCCGGGACGGAGACGGUGGACGAGACGCAGACGUACCUCUCGCAGCACCUGACCAAGUACGCGCGCCGCGUCAACGCCGAGGAAGCCGCGACUCUUGCCACCCAGCUCGCAUCCACGCCACUCGUCGCCGUCACCAAGCUCGGCAAGCUGACGAACCUGCUCACAGCUCCGAGUCGGGGCAGUCGCGCCGCUGCCACGCUCGUGCGGUUCAUCAUUCCGCGCUUCUACCGCGUCUUCCCUCUGCGCUCCGACGUGCUAUUGAGCGUGCUCGCACUGCCGUCCGUUCUCACGCGGUACGACCAACUCCUUCUCGCAUCGCAGUGCAACGACGCCGUAUUCAGCGGUGCGCUCGAGGUGGACUUAGUGCUGGAAGCACUUGCAAGUCCGGCUGCGCGGUGCGGGCUCGACUACGAACGGCUCGAGUUUCUCGGCGAUACGUUCCUCAAGCUCGUCGCCACCUGCCACACGUUUACGACGCAGCUGGGGCGGACAGAGGCGGAGCUGCAUCUGGCCAACAAGGGGAUCCUGACCAAUGUGCGGCUGCUGCGCGAGGCGCGCCGGCUCCAACUGGGUCGCUGGGCGUUAUUCGCCAGUGCGGACUUUGGGGCCAAGCGAUGUACCGCGCCGAUGUCGGGGUGGAUGGGUGGGGCACUGCUCCAAGCCGGGCCUGUGGAGGUGGGGCCGGGCGAGACGGAUGUGAUUCGCGAAAAGACGCUGCCGGACGUCGUUGAGGCGCUGAUCGGGGCGGCGCUGCUGGGUGGGGGAACGGACGCGGCACUGCAUGUCUGUCGAGUCCUCACGCUCAUCCCAGAGUCCAUUCGGCGGCUGGACGAUUUCAACACGCUGCUGCAAGAGCUUAAGCUCACGUCGGUGACGCAAGGUUGGGAGCGUCGAGUAGACCGGUCCGGUUUGGACCAUUUGCAGUCGCUGUUUGGCCACGUGUAUCGGUACCCGCAUCUGGGACUUGAGGCCUUCACACACCCCUCGCUGCUCGCGUCGGUGCUGCCGUCCUAUCAGCGAUUGGAGUUUCUUGGCGAUGCAUGGCUCGAUCUGUACAUUGUGCGGUACAUCUUUUCCGCCCACCCGGACCUUUCUCCGGGCGAGUUGACGGCGCUCAAGGGGAUGUUGGCAUCCAACUCGACCCUUGCUGCACUUGGUCAUCGGCUGGGAUUGCACAGAUACGUUGCAUCGAAUAGCGAGGUUCUAGUCUCGACGCUCAGCGCCUAUUCUACGGCGAUGGAGGGGGCGGGGGAAGGUACGGCGUAUUGGCACAAGGUCGACGUGGGGGUUCCCAAAGCGCUGGCCGAUGUGGUUGAAGCGAGUUUUGCCAGCAUUGUGGUGGAUUCCUCUUUCGACCCCAGCAUGGCACAGGGCGUAUUCGACCGCCUCUUUGUACCCUUCUACAGCCGAUUCUGCGCCUGGGAUAGCAUCCCGCUUACCGAUGUCAAACGGCUGCUGCUCAGCACCAAUUGCAUCCUCACCAUCACUUGCUCCCUCACCAACAGCGAUGAGAUGGACGUGGAUGUACUGCUGGAGGAGUUGACAGUGUCGAUUGUCAUGCACGGUACGAUGAUCGCCCAGCUCAAAACCACGCCGCCAUCACUCAACCACCUCGCAAAGGCUCACGAGAUCCUCAACGCUGUCAACCAAAAGCGCCCAGAGCAACAGAGGAUCUUGCUCGCCCAACUCGCGCGCACGCUCGCGUGGAAGACCCCCUUCCAACCCCCAGAAGACCACAUCCAACCCACCCUGGCCCACCUCCGCAUCCUCGCAAAGAAUUGCCUUUGCUCAGCCUUAACCCCCCCUUCCUCCCCACGACACAGCGCCAAGUAG